AUGAGAGCCAACGUCAUCGUGGUGGCUCUAGCCCUUUACAUUGCGUGCGCCAAUGUCACGUUGGCAGCUUGUGCCAAGUCCCGACACUUAAGAGUGAAUGGCAAAGACGCCUUGUGGAACUACGACACAAGCGGCGGUAUCAACAGCAUCGUAGCGGAUGACGAAGAGCGCGUCGUCAGUUUUUCGGGUAUCAAGCGAUGGCUCAAGGAGCUGUUUAAGAACUGGUCUUAA